GCGCUCGAGUUCCGAGGCGGGGGAAGGACAAGGGUGAGGCACAGCCCGUUCCCCCGCCUCGGUUUCUAUUUCCCCGGCAGCCGGUCGCCGUGCCCCGCCCGGUCCCCGUCCCCGUCCCCUCCCGGUCGCUGUCGCGGUGCCCAUGUCGCGGGCGGGGGGAGAUGGCACCGCGGCGCUGGAGCGGGCUGGGGCGGAGACGGUGAAGCGGGCGGUGGAGCUGGACCUGGCAUCUCGUUUCCAGGAGUCGCUGGUGUGCUACCAGGAGGGCAUCGACCUGCUGCUGCAGGUGGUCAAAGGCACAAAGGAUGAGGCAAAAAAGCAGCGUUACCGGCAGAAAAUAUCCGAGUACAUGACCAGAGCUGAAGACAUUAAAAAGCACAUUGAGAAAGAGAAACAAGAUGGCAAAUACCAUAAGCAAAUCAGGAUAGAGGAAAAUGCGACAGGUUACAGCUAUGAAAAGCUUUUCCAAGAGUAUCUGACUGAGAUUGUUUCUGAAGUUUGGGUGGAGGACCCGUACAUUAGGCACGUUCAUCAGCUGUAUAACUUCCUGCGGUUCUGUGAGAUGCUGGUUAAGGGGCCAUGCAAAGUGAAAACUAUUCACCUCCUCACUUCCUAUGAUGAAGGCAGUGGGAGGAAUCAACAGACAAGUGGCUUGGAAGAAAUAAAACAAUCAUUGAGGAAUUAUGGAGUAACGCUGAAUGUUGCAUUUUCAUCUUCAAUACAUGAUCGAGAAAUUAGAUUCAACAAUGGAUGGAUGAUUAAGAUUGGAAGGGGUCUUGAUUAUUUUAAGAAACCAGAGGGUCGUUUCAGCAUUGGAUACUGUGACUUUGACUUGCGACCUUGUCAUGAAACUACAGUGGACGUCUUUCAUACAAAACAUACAAAGAAAAUGUGAUCACUGCUUCUAGUGAGUGUUUUUAUAAGCAUAAAAAUGUAAUCAUGACUGGAAGAUACCGCUUGGGUCCAGCUGUCCACUACCAGAAGCAAAUCCAUAAUAGGUAUUUUGUCCAGCACUCCUUUUACAAUCUAUAGGUUUAAGAAUAUUUGUGCCUUUCCACUCUGAGAAAACAAAAUGAUGCAGUUCACCCACUGUGCUUAUUUAUGUUAUAAUCUUAAGGAAUACAAUCAAUGUCUAAAUUUGAGCUUAUGGAGAAGGGGUUUUAUACUAUACCUCAGUAUGGUCUCUCAAAGGCCUCUUUACUGUCAUUUCUAUUUUUACUAGUCUUGAGCAAAUUUUUGGGUUUGUGUCUUUAAUUGACCACCUCACAAACUUCUGUGGCUGAGGCACCGCUUCAACCCAUAUGUUCUCUUUGAUAAACAGCCCAUGUAUUUCAUCUGAUUCUUGUAUUCUGGUCAAGACGACUGUUCUGCUGUGUUUUUUAAUCAAUCCCUUAAUAAUUGACUUCACGGACUACAAGUAACCCCAAACGUAGCAUUCCGUUCUCUAAGCUCCUUGCGUGCAAACAUUGUAGUGUUCAGUAUGUAGACAUUUUAGAGUCUUCUUGUACAUUUCUCUGAAUAAUGGAUAUGGGGCUGGAAAGGAUGCAAGCAACGUUCUAGCUGUAUUCUUUUCACUAUUAUUCAUAUAUGUUCUUUUAUUCCCUGGUGCAUUUCCAUCCUUUGCAUUAGGCAUGGAAAAGCAUAUGAUCCUCUCCCAGUCUUCCUCUCAUUUUAAUGUCUGUCCUCUUAUUGCAAUCUGAACUGCAAUGACCUAUUGCCCUGCUACUUAGUCCCUUAAAAAAAGUAAUAACUAAAUUUUAAAUUAUUCUAGAAGUUGGAUACCCAAAACUUUGCUGUUAAUAUUGAUCCUAAGGAAUAUGCUAAUUGAAAAAAAAAUGACAAAAAACUUUUCCGUCUUCCCUUCAUCCUCUGGAAACCGGAAAUUAUCACCUGAGCUGCUGCUGCUUUUUCUCCUAAAACAAGAUUUUUUAACGAUUGCCAGAAAAAUUGCCUAUUCUGACAUGCAGAACAGGCAGUGGCCUCUUUUGCAGGUCCCAUAAAGAAUUUUCAACCUCAGGACUGACAGGUGCCUUACGCUUUCUAUGCCUUGUAAUACAAUAUGUUUCUCUAUUCUAGUUUUAAGCCCCUGGGCUGUGGUCUUGUACCAGGACCACAAGAGGCAGCCCUGGUCUUCCUUCUCUUGCACAUUGCUAGAACUUUUUCUUUCCUAUGUUUCUUUUUCCUGAUGGCUCAUGUAUUCCACUAUCCUUUUUUUUUCUUUUUUUUUUUUUGCUUUAUUCCUCUUUCACCUUCUGUCAUUGAUUGCUGUUAUUCUUUUAGUCUUACCUGUGAUGAGACGUAUCUAUUCCACAGCUGUCAACAGCUGCUCUUUGCCUUGUUUUCUGGGUGACAAGUUGCAUCUUCAUUUUGCAUAAUAAUGUCUCAGCUUUUCAGUGUUAAAUCAGAAAAAGAGUAACGUGCCACAGAAGCUAUACGCUAUCUCCCUAAACAUUCUGUAGAAGCUCUCCGUCGUGCUGCUGUGAAAAUGUGUCUAGUCACUGUCAUCAAUUUUACUCAGUUGUGUGUAAUAUGUGCCGAUUUUUAAUGUGAAUAAAGGUUAUUUUUUAUGAUUUGUAA